AUGCAUUCAUUCAAAUAUUUUAUUAUAACUCUUCUGGGUCUUGCUAUAAACUUUCAAUGUGUAUCUCUUGCACAAUCUGAUGGUACUUCAAAAAGUGGUUUUAUUGGUAGUCCUGAAUAUAAUUAUGGAUUACAAGAAGGUGAUAUGGUGCCUCAUCCGGAUUCGAAAUCUGCUAGUGCACGUGGUGUUGCAAUAAAACCAGCAGCUACCAAUCAAUGGCCUGGUGGUAUAGUACCUUAUGAAUUUGCUUCAAACAUUUCUGCAAGCAAUACACUUUUCAUCGUAGCACAGAUGCGAGCAAUGGAAAAUCUUACAAUGGUUAAUAAUACACAAUGCAUCAAAUUUCGACCCAAAAAUGCAUCUGAUCCAUACUUCAUUACAAUAUUGAAUGGUUCUGGUUGUUCUUCUCCAGUUGGAUCGUGGGGUAGCUAUAGUGGUGUUCGUCCUGUUUCAUUGUUCGAUGGAUGGUAUUCUACUUGUAUGGUAUCAGGUAUCGUUCAACACGAAUUAACUCAUGUGUUAGGAAUGUAUCAUGAACAAUCUCGACCUGAUCGAGACUCAUAUGUGUCUAUUCAGUGGGCAAAUAUUGAUUCAGCUUAUACAAAUAAUUUUGUGAAAUACAGUGAUUCACAAGCCGAUACUCUGAUGACAUCUUAUGAUUAUGGGUCAGUAAUGCAUUAUGAAUGGAAUGCAUUUGCAACGAAUGCUAGUGCACCUACUAUUAUUCCAACAAUGAAUAGUAGUGCAUUUAUUGGACAACGUGUUCAGUUAAGUCCAGUUGAUAUUAUUGAAAUUCAACGAUACUAUGGUUGUAUUCCAACACCAAAUACUACAAAUACAACAACAGCAGCAACUAGUAGUGUUACUACAACUAAUACUACCGGUAUAACAACUAACACUACCACAGCAACAACUGUAGGUACAACGAAUACCACCAGAAUAACAACUAAUACUACCACAGCAACAACUAUGGGUACAACUAAUACUACCGGAACAACAACCAUGAGAGCAAAUACAACAUCAAUUUUGACAACGACUGCAACUACAAGGGCUGGUGUAAGAAGUAAAGGCAGUCGAUAUAGUUGUCAAUCAUACUUUGAAAUAUGUUUUAUUUGUGUGGCAUUAAUUAUUUAUUUGUCGAAGAAUGCUUGCUAA